AUGGAGUCACCAACGCGUCCCAUCCUGAGCCCCUCAAAAGCGCUUCACCCGGUCUCACCGGAACGCAUGAAUCAACAAACCAUACCUGCCUCUCCCUCGCUCCCCGCCGACCUUCUCUCACUACAUCACAAGAACACCCGAGGGGUCUCGGAAGUUCAAGCCAAAGUGGCAUUCUUAAACGGUCUCACUCGAAGUGGCAGCCCCGCCAACGCAGCCAACAAUGCCGCUGUACAAAGGGCUAUCCUGGGCCGCGAGGAAGCUGAGUCCGCCUUGGUAGCUGCACAAGAGGAACUACGGGAAGCAGAAACGCGAGAACGUCGAAUCAGCGAGCGCCUCGAAUCAUUGCUAGAAGAACUACAUGGAACGAAAGAACGCCAGGCACAAGAACGAUCGAUUUUUGAGAAAGAAAUUCGGAAGGCUCGCAAAGAAGCUUUCCGAGCUGGAUCGACCUUUGUGAAGCUUCAGGAAGAACUGAAGCACGCGAAGUCGGAAGUCAAGGCACUGAAAGAGGAAUUGGGGGCAGAACGCGAGGCGAAGGAGAAGGCCAAUCAGGAGGCAUUUGAACGUGCUUAUGCUCUUGCCGGCUUGACAGAGGAACUUGAGGUUUUGAAAGAGAAGUUCCGCGCUCUCGAAACAGACAAUCAUUCAAGUACCCUUGAAGUUCGCGCCCAUGAGAUUCGGAAAGAAGACUUUGGAAGACUGUCUUUGAUGGAGGGUGACCUGGCAUUUUUGACUACCCCGCGAAGACCGAAGCGAGCUGCUGCGGGAUCUGUUCGAUCUCCUGCUCCAGUACGCGAAGAAGACCACGCUGAAGCCACCCCUCCUAAACGCCCGCGUCUGUCCGACUGCGCACCAACAAACACUGAGGGCGAAGAUGCCGCACCAGAACCGGCGUCUGCCGAACUAGAAGAGGAUACGUUGGAGGAAAUAAAGGAAGAGCUCGUGUUUGAACGCCGUCGCAGAGUUGCCGCCGAGGAUAUGGUGCACUUCUUGAAUAUCGAGUGCCAAUUCGAACGCUGCUCUUGUCGGAUUGCCGAAAGCCAAGGUCGUCGCUACAUCUACGACGCCGAAUAUUAUAACAAAUUCCAGAAGCCUCAGAUUGAGGCCGAGGAAAGAGCCCGUGCUGAGCAAGCCAGCACCCAAGAGGCUAGUGUUCGAAGUGCCCAGCUUCAUGGAGCUAAAACUCCGGAAGCCAGCCCUCCACCCGCACCCCCAGUCCAUCGAUCCCCUGUUCACCAAGCUAUCACUACUCGGGGCAACUCCCCUCAGCCCAGCGUGCACCAGGAGGAAACCGAGUCAAGUCGAACCCCUCUAAUCGCACCGCCUGUACCUGCUCACCACCAUGAUGUGUCUUCUGUGCAAGCCGAACCUACGGAUCAUCCCAAGAUGCAGAUGCCAGAUGAGCCCCUAGUGACAUUUUCUCCAGAGACUGGGACAUUCACAACUUUCCCAUCGCCCCUCAGGGAUAACGUCCGACCUCUGCGAUUGGAUCUUUUUGAAACACCCAGUCUCAGUGAGCCGCAGCCAGCUGCUCAAGCAGAUAAUUUCCAUGUCUCUACAUCCCCCGAUCAACAUAUUGACUCUUUCACCCCAUCUGGGGAGCCGGCACCGGUUAGGAUGCCCCGAGCCGUUCCGUCUAAUGGCGCUUCUGGACAUCCGCAUGCAGCACUCUCAGCAGAAGCAAGACCAUCGAGACGUGUGGAGAGGGAGCCUCAUGGACACCGUCAACCCAUCAAUCCCACGAAGAAAGUCCCUCUCCGACACGAGCAACAAUCACAACCCACAUCACACCCUGGUGUCCCCGAUACACCCAUUGACCGCGAACAGGCUCUAGCGCAGAUCAGGGCACGAAGAGGACGCGCCCACAGCAAGCAGCGAUCAGUCAGUGCCAAUGAAGCUAGCCGCGCAGCUCGCGCCUCAGCGGGGUCUAACCCGGCCUCUGGCUCGGCCUCUGUUCGGGGACCUCGGCGCCUUCCGAAUCCCAGUCUUCGUGCUGAUUCGAGGAGCGAGAAUGACCUUGGUGAACGCCGGGACUUGAGUGCUCCAGUCCGAAUGUUCCGACGUUAA